AUGAGUAAAAAGUUCAAAUCGCAGGCUUCCAGCAGUCGUGCGGCUGCCGGAGCCUUUGAGCAGCAACUGGUGAUUGCAUUCAAGAAUUUACAGAAGAAAGAUGAUAUCACACGAACAAAGGCCUUGGAAGAGCUGAAAGAAUACAUCUCAGCUAUAGAAGGCAAAAAGGGAAUGUUGGAUGAUGGGUUUCUACAAGCCUGGGUCAAAAUAUAUCCCCGAGCUUCAAUUGAUCUUUCAAGGCGGGUUAGGCAGCUGGCUCAUACCUUGCAAGGCUCCAUCUCUGCACUGGUUGGCAAGAGGAUUGCACCUCACCUACCCAGAGUUAUAGGUGCAUGGCUUGCUGGUAUUUAUGACAAUGACCGGCCAGUUCAACGCUCCGCAUUGGAGUCUUUUACCAAUGUUUUCUCCACAGAGGAGAAGAGGAACAAUGUCUGGAAGAUAUAUCAAAGUUCCACGAUAGAGUUUAUCGACGAUGUUCUCCUCCACCAGACGCCCUUGACGUUGAGUGAUGAGCGAACAGUCAAACGGGAUGACGCCGAGGCAAAAUAUGCUCGCGUUGUGGGAGCCUCGUUGAUGCUUUUCAACCGCAUUCUAGGAAACUCGCCAGAUGAUGACUUGCAAAGAAAUUUGGUCGAAAUUGAGAACCUUCUUGGCAGCAAAUCUCUGUGGGGCUUUUGCAACCAUGAGGAUCCAUUUGUCCGCCGGUCUAUCUAUAUUGUUCUACGAUCAGCCAUCUCUCGAGAGCCUGGUUGGAUUGACUGGAAACUCCUCAGUUCAGCCAUUAUCGGGAAGUCACUCUCAAUGUCGCAGAUCGGCUCUGCUUCCGAGCUAUCUGAGUCUCUUCUUCUCUUGACCUCCUCCCGGCCGCAAGUAUGGAGAGAUGAUUAUACCGGAAAGACCUCCGCAUCAAAAAAAUUGCGCCAAUACAUUCAACAAGGCUCACAGGGUGGCCUCGCAGUUUUCUGGACCAAUCUGGAUAAGUUACUGCGUUUAAUUCCACGUGAGGUACUUGCGGGAGCCGAUAAAACAUCUACGGACGAGACAAUCAACAUUUCCAGUGCAACUGCUUUAACGGAAUCUAUCCAAGGAGGGUUGAAUUCAAGAGAAGAACCCCGGCAAAAUCUCACUACCGGGUGGAAAUCCUAUAUUCGUGUUGGGGCCUGGCUUGGACUUCUCAUGAGCCAGGAUCAACGGCCCGAGUUUGUUGAAACGAGACUGUCACCCUUGGUUGCACAGUAUGUGCGUCCUAGUUCUGAAAUGGCUCAGUGGUCACUUCCUUCACCAACCGCUCAAGACAUCUGUGCCGAUUAUCUCCUUACGCUCAUUAGCCACGACCAAAGUCACCAACUCGAGCCACUAUGGACGAAGCUAUCCAACGAAUUAUUGGAAGCCGUGAAGCUGUCAUCUCCCGAAAAGUCGAAUGACUUCCGAGCCUCUCAGGACGCUGUGUGCGCUGAAGCGCGACGCCUUUUUGCACUGGAGCCCGCAGUUCUUUCAAGGGCCUCAGAUUUGGAAAGCGAACAAAGCGCCCAGAGGAUCUUCGAGAAGUCGAAUUUAUUCCUUCUUGAAAACUGCCUGGAAGUUCUUCGUUCCCGCAAUGGUAAACCUUACGGAGCAGCUGGGGUCGUAGAAGAGUGUGUGCGAAGUAUGCCCUGUGUUGCGAAGAAAUCCCAGGACCUCCUCAACUUUGUUCAGACAGAUGCACCGGAGCUUUUGUUCUCGCCUUCUGGUGACAGGCUCAUUUCAAUCAUCUUGGCAUGCCGUGAGUGGGAUGGAUUUGCCUCCAGCUUUGAAAAGGUGGUUGAACGAACCAUGGAGUUGGAUCCUGAGCACUCCAAUGCACAUAUCCUGCAGACUCUUCUCUCCAACCUCAACUUCAAUGAAGUCGGCGACAAAGAUAAGCUCUCCUCGCUUGUCAUGCGAGCCCUGGAUAAGGCUUGCAGAGGAAGCUCUUCUCACUGGCCUAUCAUCACUUCUGUCCUUCAAAACCAAAGCUCUCGUAGUGGCUUAAUGGAUCAGAUAUUCUUGACAAUCAUCGAUACAUUGUCUCAAGAGGAUAAAGCGUUAGAUGUAUUGCACGGUCUUUCUCAUCUCGGGAAGCACGCGCCUUCUGCUAUCAAGGAUUUCCAGAAUGGGCCCAAUGGCUCGAAGCUAACAGGAAAAUUGCUAUACCUAACAGAGUCACCCUCAGAAGAAGUUCAUACUCUGACGGAAUCCUUAAUCAAGUCUUUCAAAGAAAACGUUGUUGGUGAUAUGAGUACUGCUUCCAAAAUUGAGAUUCUGCGUCAAGGCCUGAGCCAUGCAAGUGAGGAAUCUUUGUCUACCGAAUCUCUCUUUGCCAUCGCAGAAGAGCUGAUGCACGAAGUCGAUAUAAAUGACGACUAUACUGUGAAUGAUAUUUUACCUUCUUACGGUGCUUGGGAAGAUGCAAUGACUCCAUUCCUUCAGCUCCCACCAAAACCAUCAACAGCCAUUACCAGUCCGCUGCUGGGUGCUGUCAACCUUGUCCAGCGUGAUAUUACAGAGUCAUUGAAGACACUGCGGCUUGGAAUCUCCCGAGAUUCAGAUCGUUGUACUGCUGCGUUCCGCAUGACAGCUUUCACCAUCAAGGCAUUGUCGGCCUUCGAUAUUACCACGAAGUUGGAGAAUACGGACCUAGAGACACUCUUUUACUUCCUUCCGUUGGCCAUCCAACUGAUCGAUGAUGAUCUGAGCAUUGAAAAUUGCAAUGGCAUUUCGGGUCUUGAACUGGCAGAUCAACGUGAAGAGUACUUGGAGCUAGUGUUUCAGGGACGGAAAGUAGUCCGCGACUGGGCCGAUGCAAAGACGCCCCUCAAAUUUUCGCCAGAGACUACUCUCUCUUCAAUGUUGAUAUCUUUCUGGGAGACCAAGCUCGAGGGGCUCAAUGGAAAUGCUGCCAUGGACUAUCGCGUGGGUCAGGCUUUCGUUAAAUUGAUGACCUCUGUGGAUGGCUUUGAGACAUACAAAUCGCCCGAUGAUGUUGCCAAAAUUUGCAGGGAGGCACGCACUGCCAAUCCCAUUCGCUCAGCAUCGUGGUUUGCUGCUUUACGAAGCUCCAUUCUACGCAAUCCUGUUGGCAACCGAAUUUGCAAUGAGUUGGUUGCCGACUCUACCGGGCUCAAGCCCGAUGAUUCAUCCCUGCAAGGAUUGCGAAAACUCGCAUUUCUUAAUAUUCUGCUAUCUGGAGAAGAGGAUGUCGUUUCGACUAUUCCCACUCAGCGAUUGGUUUUCCUUGCCAAAAAUCUGAUUGAAUGUCUCCAAUCGGAGGUUACAUCAAUUGGAUUGAGAGCUGAGAUCUUGCAGACUUUGGCGUUCAUCCUCCCUGGUCUUACUGAUAUUUAUGGUUCACACUGGGAGGAUAUCAUGGAGGCUCUAAGCCUUGCUUUCACAAACACCAACGGAGGGGAAGAUGGUCUUCCCCUGCUCGUGUCUUCUUUCCGGCUAUUUGCGCGUUUGAAAGCCAUGGCCGAGGGUGAGAGCAAUGAUGACCUCCAAGAUGCCUGGUUAGAGCGAAAGAUUGGCCUUUCCAACGAGUUGGUCUCGACCAUUGGACAGUUCGACGCGUCAACCACAUUCCACCAGCCCAGAGACGUCGCAGUUGAGCUCCUUCGCCGCUUGAUCAGUGGGAUUGCCGUUGAUAAGCUCGAAGAUGUGAGCGGUGUGUUCCAACUUCUGACUGCUCACAGUCGUGCCGUUCAGCGUACUGCAUACACGAUUCUCCACCGCUACAUUCCCCAGGCUCAGGAGCAGGUAUCCUUUGACGUGGCCUUGUCAAAAACUGCAGUCAGCCUUCCAGACGAACUGAUAUCCCUUCUGCUUGAGACACCAACAAUGGAAAUGGUAUCGAAGUCGUACGGUGAUGACAAGAUGUGGACCAGCAUAAGAUCAUACCUUCUGAGCUGGAAGGUGGUCUUCGAUCACUUUACCAACGCGUCGAUUCCAGUGCAAGAAUACUACGCAGAAAACAUCAAGGAAUACAAUAUCCUGACCCCUCUGCUGGAAUUUAUGUUCAACUUUCUUCAAAAAUCACAGAACAAGAUCGUUGAUGCAUCCAAGUUCGAGAUCCAGUCCUUCGAGCCUGAUAGCUCGGAAAGUGCCGAGAAAGAAACCCAGUGGCUUUUAGUGCAUUUGUACUAUCUGUGCUUGAGGAAUUUGGCGAAUAUGACCAAGAAUUGGUGGAUUGAUACCCCAAAACGGAUCAAGGGGCCGGUAGAAACUUGGACUGAGAAACACAUCUCACCAUUGGUGGUUGAUGGCGCUCUUGAAGCCGUCACAGACUGGGUCGCCACCCAGGAUCCAAACGAGGAGCGAGCCCUCUCUGUCAAGAUGUCCCCACGCACAGCGGAGAUCAUUGCCAGCAUUUUAGUGGACGAGGAAUCACCUCCAGUGUCCAUUGCAAUAUCUCUCCCCCCUGCAUAUCCCCUUCAUGCUGCCACCGUGGUCGGCCGCAGUCGCGUGCUGGUGGACGAAAAGAAGUGGAAGAGCUGGCUGCUUACGAUCCAGGGUGUCAUCAUGUUCGCCAAUGGCAACCUUGUCGAUGGAUUGCUGGCAUUCCGACGCAAUGUCCAAGGUGCCCUGAAGGGACACAGCGAGUGUGCUAUCUGUUACUCGGUGAUCUCCACUGACAUGCAGACGCCGAACAAACGGCUAUAUCUCAAUGUGUCAAAGUUCAUCCCCACCAGUUUGGGUGACGCUAUUCGCGUGGGGCGCGAACCCCACCGUCCAAGCUUCUCGAGCUUCCUCCACGACCCUCACGCCCUCAUGGCUGCACCGCGAAUCCCCAACCUGAACACACUCCGACGAGGCCGAGGCCGAGGUCGUGGAGGUCUCCGUGGAGUUGACGAUAAUGGCCCGCGCAUAACUUCCAAAGACCGCGUCGUGCAGGGCACCGACAAUGACGCCAGUGUUUCUCGUCUCAGCGCCGUCGAGCUGGGAUAUCUCGACGAUCCAUAUGCGACAGCCUUGACAGACCCAGGGAAUGCAACAAGAAGACUCCCGAUCAUCAAUCGCGGAACCUACGUUCGCACCACUGCAAUCGAUCAACUCGUCGCCCAAUUCCUCGGUCCAUAUUCUCUCGAUACCACACAAAAGAAACAGAUCAUUUCUCUAGGUGCCGGGUCGGACACGCGAGUCUUUCGUCUCCUUACUACCCGGCAACCGUCCGAUCUUAUCUAUCACGAACUCGAUUUCGCCGUUAACACCACGGCGAAGAUUCAUGCGAUCCGAUCCACACCUCAGUUACAGAAAGCACUGGGGAUUGAGUCGUCCAGUCAGGAUAUCACCGUGUCAGAAGCGGGCGAUUCCCUCCAUUCGCCUGCCUACCAUAUCCAUCCUCUCGAUCUACGCACCCUCUCAUCAAGCACCCAAGAGAUCCUUCCCGGCGUGGACACAACACUACCGACUCUGUUGAUAUCCGAGUGCUGUCUUGUAUACCUCUCACCCACCGAGGCCACCGAGGUCGUCUCAUUCUUCACACGACUUUUCCCCACCGCUCCCCUUGGAUUGGUUUUAUACGAGCCCAUUCGUCCAGAUGAUGCUUUCGGUCGGACGAUGGUCUCGAAUUUGGCGACUCGGGGUAUCCAGCUCCAAACUUUGCAUAAGUAUGCUACACUGAAGGCGCAGCGGACUCGGUUACACGACCAGGGAUUCGUGAGCGGGCAGGCUGUUGCUGACAUCGAGUUUCUUUGGGAGCGGUGGGUGGAUGAGAAGGAGAAGGAAAGGGUUUCUCGUCUUGAGAUGCUGGAUGAGAUGGAGGAAUGGCAGCUUCUUGCCAGACAUUAUUGCAUUGCGUGGGGAUGGAGAGAUGGCGACGAUGCUGCGGCUUUUAAGGGGUGGACCACGCUGCAGGCUCAGCCUGGUGAUGUGUGA